AUGAGUGAACCAGGAGUAGAUGAAGCCAUUCGGAACUUGAGGCAGUCAUUGAAUUCAUGCAUAUCCGACCUGGAACGAUCUAAAUCAAGUGUCGAAGCCGACUUGAUCAAAUCAUAUACUAGCAGUGAUAGCAGUGGACAUACUCCAAUGGAUAUAGUAGACAGAAUGAACAAGAUCACUAUGGAACUGGACUGUCUCAAGGAUGAAGCCCAACAAUUGGCUACUGAAAAGAUCAGGAUUGCUACUGAUCUGACAAACAAGCUGGAUAAAAAUGCUGCACUCGCUGCAACGUUGUCUGCUCUAUGUGCCACUGGAAAGGAAAGCAGUAGUAACAGCAUUGUCAAUUCAAUCGCGAGACUGCAUACCAUCACAAAGGCUCUCAACAGUUAG